AUCUUCAAAACAAUCUGCCAUUCAUUUGAGUUUACUGAAACAUUUUCUCUCUUUUUGAAUGAACUGCGGGGAAAUUAAGCCUCUGUGUGGCUCCUGUCCCACAUGGAAGUGAGGAAGGAAUAUGUAGGAUAUGUAUGAGGGAUGGCAUCUCAAGUUGCCAAGAACAAAGAAAUGUACAUCACGAGAAAGUGUCAUUAGUAAUUCACUGGGAUGGAAAAAGUCAUCAGAGAUAUUCAGCCGUUAUACAGAUUAGGGAGGAAUUUGGUCAAAGUAGAUUGUGUCAAGAGAUAAGGACAAGACAAUGGCCUGUAGGAAUACUUUUUGAAGAAGAAAAAUUUACAAAGACAGAAAAGAAAAGAAAAAAAUAUAUAUAUUUCCACACAAAUAUAUAUCUAUAUAUAUUUAAGUUUCCUUGACUUGAAACCCUGAUCAUCGUCAUGGCUUCUUCGAGUGAUGUUGAAAGCGGACAGCCUUGCCUUCCGCCAAACCCACCUCCUCGUCCAAGAGCCUGCCUCCACCACCAGCACCACCAACACCACCACCAUCACCACAGCCAUGACUGCGAGGAGGAAAUGACCCCUAAGCAGAAGGCAGACUUUGCUGUGAUAAAAUUCGUAGCAGGCCUUGUGCUCAUUGUGAUGCGGAAGUUUUGGUUCACUUCAGCAGCAGUAAUGCUGGGUAUAUUCGUCCUCUUCUGGCUGUAUGGAGGGUGUCUUGCCUUGCUUCUCACACUGAUUGCAUUCUCAGGGAUUGUAUACCAGAUCAGUGAUCAGCUGGUGUACUGGCCCAACUUUCCCCCAGAUUCACGUGUGCUGGUCCAGCCCCCCUCAUCCAUGGGCCUUCCUGCGGAAAAUUUGUAUCUUUAUGCACGUGAUGGGACCAAACUACAUGCAGUAUUUGUCAAGCAAGCUUCUGGUGCUGUGAAGUCUGCGCCAACAUUUAUUUAUUUCCAUGGCAAUGCUGGAAACCUAGGGCAUAGGUUAAGCAAUGUGUACGAAAUGUAUCGAUGGCUGCAUGUGAACCUUCUCCUGUUAGAGUACCGUGGCUACGGCCUGAGUGAAGGCUCACCUUCUGAAGAGGGCCUGUACCUAGAUGCACAGGCAGCUAUUAACUACCUCAAAACCAGAUCUGAUAUAGACCAAAACAAGAUUAUAAUAUUUGGUAGAUCCUUAGGUGGUGCUGUAGCUGUAGAUUGUGUUAGUAGGUCAGAAAUCAGCAGUCGGGUUGCGGCCGUGAUCCUAGAGAACACCUUCACUUCCAUCCCAGAUAUGGCCAAGGUCCUCUUCUCUAAUGUUAAGUUCCUGGCGAAGUUGCCCGAGUGGUGUCACAAGAAUAAGUACCUGUCAAAAUACAAGAUGUGCAGAGUGGUUGUGCCAACAUUAUUCCUCUCAGGCCAGGCAGACUCAUUGGUACCUCCACGUAUGAUGAUGGAGUUGUACCACUGUUGUGCAUCACCGGCCAAGCGUCUCAUGCAGUUCACACAGGGCUCGCAUAAUGAAACCUGGAAGUGUCCUGGGUAUUAUCAGGUGUUGCUUCAUUUCCUUGAUGAGCUAUUCCAGAGGACCACUCAGCCUCCUGUUCUCCUGCCCGGUGUUGUGUGUUUUUCGGAACCUCAGAUUCUCUAGCAUUCUUCAGGCCCCUUUUUCAUCAUGUUGGUCACAUAAGCUCUCAUAAACAUUACCCUCAUUGGUUGCAUGAUUCAUCUUCGCUAGAAAGAGAUGGGGAAGGAUGUUUUGUUUGUGGAGGUUUUCAUUUUAAGAUACUGAAAAUAGGAAAUGGGACAAUGAUGUAUGCAUGUUCAGUAUUUUGACGGUGGUUCUGUGCCCGGUGUGAAUUAUAUAAAUUAUUGUGAAAUGUUUAUUUCUCUUGUGUUUGUACUGACUCUUUUAUGCAGUGUUAACAUACAACAGAAAUUAAUUUUCAGUGUAUGUUUUUUUUUUUUUUUUUUUUUUUUUAUGGCAAAGUCUACAAUAAGAGAGAAAAAUGGACUUUAUUUUAGAUGCCGUAACAAAGGAACUUUUAUUUUGUUAUUGGCUUUUCCUUUGUCAUUUCUUUUAUUUAUUUGAUUAUUCCUUUGUUUUCGUAAAUAUAAAUAUAUGUUUAUGUUUUGGGAUUUCUUUUCCUCCAAAUUUUAUCAAGAAUGAUCACACAAUUUUAUGGAAAGAUAUAACAAUGCCUUGGAAACACAUACAAGGAGAAUUAAUCAUUGGUAUUUUGCUGGACAUUUAUUCCAUUUUCCUCUGCAGACUUGAUUUUGUAUUUGUAUUUUCAAAAAGAAAGAAAAGUUAGGGUGUUUACAAGUACAUAUAACUUUCAAGAUUACCACUCUACAGUGUAUAUUGUGGGUAAGUUGUAUUUACAAUGUAGGAUUUUUUUCACCUCUUUAAUUACUGUUAUUUAUUGAAUGUCUUGUUAUUUAUGGAAUGAGAAAUUUGUGAAUCUUAAAUGAAAAUAGAUCUAGGUAAAAACUUUUUAUAGAAAAAGUUGGGAGAAGAAAAAUUAGUGUAAAAGAAGCCUGCUAACCUCUUGAUUCCGAGUGAAGUGCACUGUAAAUGUGAUACACUACAGUUGUUUCCACUUACAUAUUUGCAGCAUUAUUUAUUCAUGUUUUUGUAUGUGUGCGAUUUUGUAAGUUGUUGAAUAUGAAUGUACAAUUAAUGAUUCAUAGGAUUAGGAACUUAUUGGAAUACAUUUGAUUAUGAAUGUGAACAAAUUUCACACAGUAUGAAAUAGUUAUUACAGGUCUGAUCAUCAUAUUGAAUUCAUAUAUGACCAAAAAUUAUAUUAAACUAAAAGUUUUUCUUGUUUUUGUUUUUAUAAGAGGAGCGGGUUAUAUCCUGUUAUUUGCAAUAAUGGAGCUCAUAUCCUUUUUUUCUUUUUAGCGAGAAAGAAAGGAUAGAAAAGAAAAAGCAAGCUGCAUUAUGUACCUUUACACUUUUUUCUUUCAUUUUGUGUGAAACCACACACACAAUUUAGUAUAAUUUCAUGGAAUAACAAUUUCAAAUCAGCCUUUAAAAAUUUAAUGAAUAAGUAGAUUAUGAAGAUGACUUUAUGUUUAUUCAGUAAACUAUUAAUAACUUGUACUUUUACUUCACUGGGCUUGGUGGUUGUAGGGUCAGUAUCAAUUGAUUAAUUUGUAGUGAACUCAAUGUUGAGUUAAGUGCUUAUCAAACCAGUACAUUUUCUAUCAGUGUUAGUUGCCAUCAUGCCUCUAAAACCUGACUCCUUCACAAAGCUCCCGUGGUCCAGGUGCACAAACCAUAGCAGAAAUUUUUGGAUUCAUAUGCAGAUUAUCUGGAUGGCAAGAUAGACCUACAAUCAUUUGUGUUUUUUACAAUCACUUUGUUUUGGGCCUUGAUAAGAAUUUUACACUUUAUGUAGAAAACCGUAGAUGUCGCAAAAUUAGAAAUCUGCAAAAAAGCGACUGUCGAUGGAAAGAAAUAUUAUUACAGAAAAGAACCGAAUGUGCUUUUUUGUACCUGCUCGAUUUCUACUUUUCUAGUUCCUCACGUAAUCAUUUACUGGUUGCUUUUCAAUUUUGUCUUGCUCAUAAAGAAAAGAGAGGAAAAUAUCAGAUUCAUAUAAAUUUCUAUUUAAUUGCCUAGCUGUUUAGUUUGGUACUCUGUACUGAGCAGGCUCUAGUUUUCUUGAAAAAGUCUUUACUCAUCAUUGUUGAUGGUGUUUAAACUAGAAAGAGAUGCACUGAAUAUGUGCUGUGGAAACAGCAUACUGUGUCAUGGACAAAGGUUGGAUAUCAGAGAACACUGUGAAAAUGUUUUAGUGUGAUAAGCACUUUUCUGUAAAGCAGGAAUAGGAAUGACAAUAUGCUAACCAGAUUAAGGAAUAGAAGUUAUGGUUUAGUUUGUAAAAUUUUAUCUGAGGACUUGGGCUUCGCUGACUUUGAUGUGAAGUGCCUGUGAGUGCUAAAUGAGGCAUUGUAUGCAUUGUGAGGUUUUACAAGAAUGUUAUCAUGUAUAUUCCAUUGCACUUGUUCCCCAGCCAAUAGAAAUCAGCUAGAGUUCAUGAGCUGUUGUGAGAUAUAUGUAUGAAUGAAGAUACAUAAAAGAAAGGAAAGGGAGACAAAGAGAUGAUAAACAGUAAUAUUGUUCAUGUAUCAAAUGUCUAGGGCCUGAUACUCUCACACAUGCCAAAUAACUAAUGUACCUUGAGUAGCUCCGUCCUAGUGUUAAUAGCUGAUACAAUAUAGUAACACCCUCUGAUUAAAAAAAAAAACACACACACAACUUUAAUUUUCAUGCAGUUUUUUGUAUUCUUUAGUUUUGAUGGUUGUUGGAAACUAUGUUCGAGAAUUAGCUUGUUUGUUAAUAUGAGUUUUGGUAUUUGAAUGUGUGAUGACUUAAUUGUAAUACCUAAGCAUCUAGUAAUUGCUGUCAAAAUAUUAGGAUUUUUAAUAUGUCUUUUUUUCUAUAGAUUAUUGGCGGAAUUUAUGCUGUAAGUUCUAGCAAGCCAACAAGAGUAUAUGCAUCAGUGUUAAUCAGUGAAUUUCUAAUAUUAUUUUGAUAAUUAACAGCAGAAGUAUAUCUUGGUGAUCUGAUAGAAUAAUCAUCAUAAGUAGUUUUGCACUCCAGAGAACUGUGUUUCUGCGAUACAUUCCUGCAGCAUCUGGUAUGAUUUUAGAGCCAUUAAUUGUCCCUGUAGCUCCAUGUGAUGUAUGGGUGGGGUGGGGAGGGGUGGGAGAAUCAAACUCUUGGCCCUUAUUUUUGUAAGUACAUCUCAGAUGGUUUUUGCAUUACCUGAGUAGAAAAGUUCAUUGGAUGUGGUAGUGUGUGAUUAAUUUUUUUUUUUUUUUUUUUCCCCCAAUUCUUUGUCUUCAUGCAAAAGAAAGAAUAUUUUCUUAUACAUCUUUAUGUCAAUAGUUUUUUGGUACAGGAAAUUAGUCCUUUCAUUGCCUUGUUCUCAGAUACGCUUGACAUCUGUAGCAUUUGUUCUUAGAAAAUAGCAGUAUAACAGUGGUCUUCCCCUCUUUGUGUUGGCAGUUCGUGAAUCAUGAGAUUGGAUGUCCACAGGCAGCUCAAUUGCACUUUAUUCUUGUUAGAAUCUGAAAUUGCUCUCUAUUUUUAUGAUGGUCCUUGAAUAGAAUAACCGUCCAAUUGUAUUGGAAAUUCAUAAGAAAUUGCUGCAAUAUUUUGUCCAAUAUGAAUAUCCAACCCCCCAUAUUAUGAAGCCCCACUGUCGGUUAGAAGAGCAUACAGCUAACCUCACUUCAAUGCACUGGUUACAUGUGCCAUGAGGCUAAAUACUGGAAACAAGAAUAAGAUUUGACAACAAAAAUACAGUAAUAGUGUUUGAGGCUUAUAAUCUAUUAGUUGAUACAUUUGGAAUCAAGGGAUUUGAAAAGGUUGAAAGUCUGCUCCAAGAAGUUGACAGAUUUUCUAGACAUGUAAUUAAUGUAUGGAAAGUAGAGGCUUUUGUCUCACUUGUCUGGUUAUUCAUCAAAUAGUAGAACGUCUUUUUAUUUGUGCCAUUAUCACUUCCUUGUUAUUACCUUUAAAGUUAUUAUUUGUCUCAUUAUCCAGCUUUUGCUUUUAUGCUUGCUUUGUGAUAAUUUUCUUGCCCUGUAUAGAUAGUAUUAUUGUGAUGAAGCUCUUGAUAAUUGUUUAGAGAAUUCCUUGUAGCUAAAAUUAUAACUGCAUUUGUGUAUACAUCUUAUCUACAUCUCUCUGUCUAUCUAUCUUUCUAAAUAUCUGUCUAUUUAUCUACCUAUAUAGAUAGAUAAACAGAUGUAGAUAUGCAUACAUACAUACAUUCAUAUAUGUGUGUAUGUAUGUAUGUAUGUGUGUAUGUAUGUAUUGUAUAUUUCUUUGGGCCCAAUUACUCAUACAAAACUUCAUUAUGUUGCAGUUUUGCAGUUCAUUAUGUUAUGCAGUAUUAAAAGUUUAAAGAAUAAAAGUUCAUCUUUACUCAUUAUAAUUGUGAACUUUCAAGUGAAGGUACUUGGACACGGAUAUAUUUCCAUAUUUCUCUUUUGUUUACAUUUAGUCAUUUGACAAAAAGUUGUUUUUGAGUGUAACAGGUUAAGCAUUUUGCUAAGGCUGACAUGCACUGUAUGAAUGAAAUUUUAUAUGCUAGAUGUGUUAAGUAUUUCACAUUAGACAUGGUGAAGGAUUUAUGUGCACACUGCAAAAUAUAUUACUUUUGCAAUUAUUAUAUAGAAAUGUGUUUCAUAAAUUGCUAUCUGAUUGUUAAUUUAUACAUUAAUUUAUUAAGAUUUUCAUGGAAAUAGCAAAGAUAGUGAAUGCAGAAUAAUAAUAUUUGUGUAUUGUGCAAUAUUAAUUUAAGUAUGAAAUAUAGAAUCAAUUUUUGAGGUGUUUAAUUUUUUUUUCUUCGUCUUCUUUUUUAGUUUACUUCAACUCAUAAUAUUGCUUUUAUGAGUAAUUUUAUGGUUUUGUAUCAAAAAGGUAAACAGUUGUCAUAUCUUUAGUUGAUGACUAUGAUUAAGAUUAAACAUGUCAUUUUAUGCAUUACUUUUUUAUACAUUAAAUAUUUAAUGGGUGAUCUUAACCAUGAUGUUAAAGAAUAAAAUGGCCCUUAGUGAAGGUCAGUGAAUGAAAAACAAAAUGCUGUUUUUUAUUAGAUUGGGUUGUGCUAUCGCUGCAAAUAUUUGGUACCAUAUUAUUAUUUCUGCUUUGGUGGACUUGAUAUUACUCUUUAGGGCCUGAUAUUGACCCCGGGCAGAUAUUGAAGCCGCCAGGGGUGCAUGUACAUACAUGCCAUGCCCACUGUGAGUUUAAUUUAAUAAUUGUUUUUACACAUAGAUGGCUCCACAAGUAUCAAGUCAUCAGUGAGCCAGUUAUGAGUACUGUGUGUCUCACCUGUUAACCCUUUUCCUGGAUUUUAGAAAAUAUUUUCUGGAAUGUAAUAUUGCUGUUAGUAAUUUAAAUAUUUUAAUAACUGUAAUGUCUAUGAUAAAAAUAACAGCAUUGAUAUUGAUAGCAUUAGUAAACAUUUUCCCCCUCAAACUAAAGGAAAUGUGAAAUUGGUGAGAUCAAAAGGUCAUCUAAUUGACUCCUCGGUGGCUAAGCACUUGCAGAAACAUCUAUGUGCAGAGACAUUUCACAAAACAAUACUACAGUGAACACAUUUUCCCAGAGAUAUUGGGUUAAUGUUAUUUAGGUUUCCAUUAUAUGCAGUGGAUUACGUCACUUGCAUCUGGUGGUAACAAAAUACCAGUUAAAAGUGUGGCAAAAAGAAAGGAUUAAGGUGUAAAAAAUAAAAGCGGUGUGUCUUCUUAUGAUUGAUAUGUACCAAUAUUGACUCCGGGUACUGAGUUCUUGCAACUUUUCCCCUUUGUGAACCCAGGGCAGGUCUGAGGUUAUGUGAUUGCCACACAAGUUAACACUGAUUUUUGUGGGUAUGGUUGAACCAGAUGAAAGGUGUAAUUUCUCAUGAGGCUUGCAGUAUAUUGAGCUUGGCAUGGAAAAAUUUAGUGCAAGGGAGGCCGGUGGGAGGAGUGUAAAGGUUUGUGAGGAUUGGACAGAGUAAAGUAACCCUGGUGUCUGUGAGUCAUUCUGCAAGUGUCCUACAGUGGGGUUAUGUGAAGAAAAAAUAUUUGCAUAAACACUUGUUAUUCAUUUUUUUGUUGGUCUGUAUAUAUACUUUUUUCAACAAAAAGUUACCUUUGAAAUAUUGUAUAUAUAGUUUGUUUUUUAUGUCCAGAGGUACUUCUCUCUACACUUGCUAAAAACAAACUUUCUGGCUUCCUGGUUUUAGCUUAUGACAAAAAAAAAAAAAA